AGGUCGGCGCAUGCGCAGUGCCUUUAGGAAGCACGGCUCGAUGGGUAGCACAACUCGACAGAACACCGGAGUAAGUGAAAGUAAAGUUCAGCACAAACCUUUAUGCAGCUUCUCCAUUUUGUGAGGAAGAGAAACGCCGCGGAAUAAACAGCUUUUUAACACGAAUUACUGCAGUUCUGAGGGGAAAAUAAACAAAUAAAUUCACUCUCUGACUGUAGAACCUGGUCUUCUGCUGAGGCAGAGCCACACCACAGUGAACGAAAUGCAGUAUAUUUGGGUGGUAUUACUGUUCCUCCCCAGCACACUUUCACAGUCUGGAGGGAGGUUCAGGUUGGUGGUUCCAGAAGCUCAUGUUUUCAGUGUUCCUGGUUCUGAUGUUGUUCUGUCGUGUUCUGUACGAGAGUAUGAUCGUCUGAACAUCCUGGUGAACGCUGUGGAUCUGACCGUUACUUGGUCCAGAUCAGACCUGAAUGAUUCACUGGUUCAUCUCUAUGGGAAUCAUAAAGAUCUAAACACAGAUCAGAAUCCUUCUUACAGAGGAAGAACCGCUGUGUUUAAAGAGCAGCUGAAGAAUGGAGACGCCUCACUGAAACUCUCCAACGUUCGGAUUACUGAUGAAGGAGAAUACACAUGCAGAGUUGACUCUAAGAACAUCUGGAGGACUGAUAAAACUAUUAAACUCUCAGUUGAAGUUGUGGGAAGUGAACCAGUGAUCACUAUGGAGAAAUAUGAAUCAGGAAAGUUCAGUUUACUGUGUGAAUCUAAAGGCUGGCGUCCUGAACCUGAGCUUCAGUGGAGGAACAGUAAAGGAGUUAAGCUGACUGCAGAAACAGAACCUCAGAGAGUCGCUGAUUUCUUUAAUGUGAAAAGCAGAAUCACAGUAGAGGAAAUCGACUCAUACUACUGCACAGUGACACAGAGACAUCAUGUGAAGGAGGGACUGAUCAAUGCUCGAACUCUGUACGAGCAUGUGCCCAGUGAGGUUGUGAAAACUGUUGGAAUUACCAUUGGUGUACUUUUUCUUGUGGGUGUCCUGGCUGGAGUCCUGGCUGGAGUCAUUUACAUCUAUAACGAAAAAAAGAAAAGAGAAGAAAUCAACAAAGAAAAAAGGAAAAGAGAGGAAGAAAUCAACGAAGUCAAAUUAUUACUGAACUCAGACGGAGACGGUCGUCUCCAACACCACAACCUCUCUCAGCGUCAGUGGGAUCAUGUGGAGGAAACUUUACUGAAGUCUAAAGAGGAUCUGGAAGAGUUUAAUCUGAGAAAGUUUGACCCAUCAGAUAGAGGAGUUGAGAAGCUGAAGAAAGUGAUUGCAUCAUCCAAAAAAGCUGUGCUGAAGCAGUUCAAUCUUACAGAAAAAAGCUGUGAGGUUCUGGCCUCAGUACUCAAAUCAGAGAACUCGCUGACAGACCUGGACCUGAGUUUAAAUAAACUGAUUCAGGAUUCUGGAGUGAAGAAGCUCUGUGAGGGACUGAAGAAUUCACACUGUAAACUGCAGAAUCUGAGGUUGGAAGGCUGUGAUCUCUCAGAGGGAAGCUGUGAACAUCUGGCCAAAGUUCUCCAAUCAGAGAACUCUAAACUGAUAGAGCUGAACCUGAGUAAGAAUAGAGGACUGGGAGAUUUAGGAGUGGAGAAACUCCGUUAUGGACUGAUGAAUAAAAACUGUAAACUAAAGAUACUGAGGUUGGAAGGCUGUGAUCUCACAGAGGGAAGCUGUGAACAUCUGGCUGAAGUUCUCAGAUCAGAGAACUCUAAACUGAUAGAGCUGAACCUGAGUAAGAAUAGAGAACUGAAAGAUUUAGGAGUGGAGAAACUCCAUUACGGACUGAUGAAUAAAAACUGUAAACUAAAGAUACUGAGGUUGGAAGACUGUGAUCUCAGAGAGAAAAGCUGUGCAGUUCUGACCGAAGUUCUCCAAUCAUUAAACUCUACACUGAUAGAGCUGAACCUGAGUCAGAAUCCAGGAGUGAAAUCAGGAGUGCAGAAACUCUGUUACGGACUGAAGCAUCAAAAAUGUAAACUGGAGAUACUGAGGUUGGAAGACUGUGAUCUCACAGAGGAAAGCUGUAAAGAUCUGGCCAAAGUUCUCAGAUCAGGGAACUGUAAACUGAUGGAGCUGAACCUGAGUAAGAAUAAAAAACUGGAAUAUUCAGGAGUGGAGAAACUCUGUUGCGGACUGAGGAGUAAAAUCUGUAAACUACAGAAACUGAGGUUGGAAGACUGUGGUCUCUCAGAGGGAAGCUGUGAACAUCUGGCUGAAGUUCUCAGAUCAGAGGACUCUAAACUGAAAGAGCUGAACCUGAGUCAGAAUAAAGGACUGAAAGAUUCAGGAGUGAAGAUUCUCUGUGACGGACUGAUGAAUAAAAACUGUAAACUAAAGAUACUGAGUUUGGAAGGCUGUGAUCUCAGAGAGGAAAGCUGUGCAGAUCUGAUCUUAGUUCUCAGAUCAGAGAACUCUAAACUGAAAGAGCUGAACCUGAGUCAGAAUAGAGGACUGGGAGAUUCAGGAGUGGAGAUUCUCUGGUACGGACUGCAGAAUAAAAACUGUAAACUAAAGAUACUGAGGCUGGCUGAAUGCAGUAUUAAGAAGGAAGGCUUCACUGCUCUGGCUUCAGCGCUAAUUACAAACCCCUCAUCACCUUUAGAAGAGCUGGAUCUGAGCCGUAAUGAACUAGAAGAGUCAGAACUGGAGCUGUUACCCGAGCUAAAGGAUACAUUUCCUAAACUGAAAGUGAAGCUGGAUAAAUGCCGUAUUAAGAAUGAAGGCUUCUCUGCUCCGGCUUCAGAAAACCCAUCAUCACAUCUGAGCGGUAAUGGAAAAAGAGAGUCAGAACAGAAGCCAAAUGAUACAUUGCCUAAUCUGAAUGUGAAGCUGGAUGAAUGCAGUAUUACAGAUGAAGGCUGUGCUGAUCUGCCUUCAGCUCUAAACCCCUCAUCACCUUUAAAAGAGCUGGAUCCGAAAGAUAAUGAACUAGAAGAGUCAAAACAGAAGCUGUUAACUCAUGAUACAUUUGUCUAAUCUGAAAGUGAAAAUCUGAAUCUCAAUGAGGAUAUUUUACAUGGAAAAGAAGAGAAGAUGAAUAUGAAGUGUACACACACACACACACACACUCACGCACACA